AUGGCGCCGAAUCCUGCGGGAUCAAACGUGGUCGUUGACUACGAAGACAUCUCCUACAAGCAUGAAAUUAAAAAAGGCAUCAGGGCUUUUCCAAGGAACGCUGCCAAUUACGUUAUUGAGCUUUUCCCCAUAUUCCAAUGGAUUCAUCGAUACAAUUUGAUGUGGCUUGUCCGCGACUUGAUUGCUGGCGUUACAGUGGGUAUCGUGGUGGUACCGCAAAGUAUGGGAUACGCCAAGUUAGCUGAAUUACCGGCAGAGUAUGGAUUAUAUACCGCAUUUGUUGGUCUCUGUGUUUAUUGCUUUUUUGGGACAUCCAAAGAUAUUAGCAUUGGUCCCACAGCCGUCAUGUCAUUACUUUUGGGACAAACGAUUAUUCGAUCCACUUCAGCUGAAGGCAGUACGAUGACAGGUCCAGAUAUUGCAGUAACGUUUUCCUUGUUGGCAGGCGCCACGAUUUUAUUCAUUGGUCUCGUGCGCCUCGGCAUUCUUGUUGAUUUUAUCCCAGGCCCCGUGAUUGCCGCGUUCAUGACUGGGUCAGCCAUUACCAUCACCUUUAGCCAACUCAAAUCCCUUACAGGCAUAUCUGAAAUCGAUACCCAAGACCCUGCCUACUUGAUUCUUGGCCACUUUUUUCAAUACAUCCCCCAUAUGAAAUUGGAUGCUGCCUUUGGUGCUGCGGGGUUGAUUUGGCUCUACAGUAUCCAACAUGGUUGUCAAUGGCUCGCCAAGCGGUAUCCACGAUACGGCACCGCCAUCUACAUGUUCAGCAUCAUGCGUAACGGCAUCCUUGUCAUUUUCGGCACCUUGAUUGCGUUUCUUAUCAACCUUGGCAAGGACUCAAGCCCCAUCAGUAUCCUUGAAAGCGUACCUGCUGGUUUCCAAGCCAUGGGCGUUCCCAAUGUCAACACAGAGUUGGCUGCUGCUGUUGCUCCCUCACUACCCUCGGGUGUCAUUGUUCUGAUUUUGGAGCAUGUAGCCAUUGCCAAAUCAUUUGGAAGAAUGAAUGAUUAUACAAUUCGUCCUUCUCAAGAAAUUGCAGCUAUUGGGUUCACCAAUGUUGUGGCAGCCUUCUUUGGUGCUUACCCUUCAACGGGUUCAUUCUCUCGCACUGCUAUUGUAUCACGUUCAGGCGUGAAGACUCCCUUGUGUGGUGUAUUUGCUGCUGCUGUGGUCUUGUUGGCACUUUAUGCAUUAACACCAGCCUUCUACUAUAUCCCCGAUUCCAUCCUUGCCGCUGUCGUGAUUCAUGCUGUUGCAAAUUUGGUUUCUGGUCCAAAGUACAUCAAGCGCCUGGCAUCGGUGAGCUUGUGGGAGCUCUUUGUAUUUGCCGUUGGUGUGAUUGUUAUCUUUUUUACGUCCGUCGAAUAUGGUAUCUAUGCAUCGGUGGCGCUCUCGAUUGUGAUUUUGCUCUUUCGCAUUGCACGUCCACGUUUUUGGGCAUUGGGUCGUAUCCCUUUGGCGUCCACAGCUACAAGCCCACCCUCUCCAUGUGAUACCGAAAAGCCGCCUUUACCUUCUGACAAUGAUGAGAAAAAGCAUCAGCAAUACCUCUAUGUGCCUGAAUCCAAUCCUUCUUUGGGUCAUCUUGUGGAACCAUUACCCCCUGGCAUCCUCAUGUGUCGUGUGGAUGAAUCGUUCACCUAUCCCAAUUCAAGCUAUAUUUCUGAAAAGAUCAUUGACUACUGCAAAAGCCGUACACGUCGUGAUUUUGGUGAUGACAAAGGCAAGAUGGAUCGGCCAUGGAAUGAUGCUGGUAACAAGGAUGCCGAUGUACCACCUGAAGAACAAGCACCUUUGCUACAUGCCUUAGUGAUUGACUUUGCCAGUGUCAAUCGAUUGGAUUCAAGUGGAUUGCAAGGAUUGCUUGAUGCACAAAAUACCUUGAAUCGAUACUCGGGUCAUCAUGUUGAAUUCCACUUUGUUGCCAUCCUUAGCCCUGCUAUCCGACGAUCCCUCAUUAUUGCUGGUUUUGGGACUCAGCCUACAAUGCAUUAUGUCAGUGAACCUACCGAGGUAUUACCUGUCGUUCCAAGCAACAACAAUAUUGCGUCCACGGCGCCACCUUCCAUGUAUCAUGCAUCUUCUAGAGGCGGGUAUACAGCUGAUGAUGAUGAUGAUGACGUUGAACGUGCCAUGUCAUCGGCUUCUUCGGAUGGUGGUGGUGAUGUUCGUAGUAACACGAAAAAGUAUUCUCAUCAUGGGAUCGAAGAACAUCAGGUGGAAGAUGUUGUUGCCGAUGGUAGUGCCAAUGUGAGCAUGCACAGCGCUCGUUCGAUUCCAUUGCCAAAGGACAAGUACCCUUUCUUUCACUGGAGCGCUGAUGAAGCUGUAAGAGCAUCCGUUGCUUCCAUGGCAGCUCGCAACGCCGAAGAACGACAACAAAAAGAAGAACAACAACAUCAACAACCACAAAAUCAACAACAGUGA